AUGCAACAUUUUACGAAAAUGGAAGAUAGAUUAUCUCAAUUAACUGAAGAGUUAAAGAAAAUUCGUCAAGAAAAUGAAUUUAAUGAAAUCAAUAUAGUUAGAAUCAAAACACAAUUGACAAAAUUAGGAGAAGAGCUUGUGCAAUUGCCAAAUGUAACAAUUAAGAAAGAGAACACAUCGUUUAUUGAAAAAUUUUCAGUUGUUGUUUCAUCCGAAACUCGUCAAGAAAAGAAAUCAAACAAAACAGAUUUGAACAAAAAUCAAACGAAGUUAACAGAAGAUUCAAAUCCAAUUGAUUCUGCACUUUUAAUAAAUAUUAGUUCCAUCCAUUUAUCAUCUGAACAUGGCACUAGUAGCAAGACUGAUCAAAAGCGUCAAGAAUCUUCUGAUGUACGAGAUCAAUCUGAUAGAAUUGAUAAUGAACAUAAUGUUACUUUGAGUUCAAAUGUUGAGAGUUAUGGUAUUGAAUUGUUAUCGUCAAACAACGAAAACGAUGUCAAAAGUAAAACAACUGAAGACAAUGAUUCUGACGGAUCUAUAACAAGUAUUACUGUUCUGAACUCAACCAUCUGUACUGAUAUUAACACAAGUGAUAGAAUGCCUCUAGGUAGUCAAGUCGUACGUAGAAAGCGAGUCAGUUCAGCUGCUCAUCAUACACGAGGUAAAAGUAACAAUUGCACUACUGAUACGGUUUUGUCGCCAAAUGAUUGCAAACCAUCGAUGUUUGACAAGUCAUUCAAUCGGAAAGAUCAACAUGAAAGUAAUUGUUACAAUGAAAAGACCAGUUUUAGUCGUUCGAAAGGUGAUGUAGCAAGUCAAAUCAGCAAUGUUAAUGAUUCUGACGAGUCUCGUACAAGUACAACGUUUCAUAACUCAUCGAUUCGUGCUGGUUUCACUAUUGGUGGUCGCAUGCAUCGAGGUCCAUACAGAGGACAAUCUAGAUCAGGUGUUCAUGAUAAUCGUGGUGGUAGUCGUGGUAGAAGUAGCAAUAGAUGUUUCAAAUGUAAUAAACCUGGUCAUUUUUGUCGUGAGUGUCCUGAAGAAAGAAAACCUCGUAAUAGUGAUGGUGAUGGCAUCCGCAAUUCUAAUGUUAGAAGAAAUAAUAAUCGAGUUUCUGAUGAUAUUUUCAAUCAACCUGAUGAUCAUCCAAUGGAACAUUAUAUUUCAUCACCUGCACCGACAACUGAAGAUGAUAUAUUUAUUGAAGCAAUAAAAAUGGAUGAAGACUUUGAAAAAUAUUCUAUAAUACAAAUUCGUUCUACACCGUUAGACAAAGUGAAACCAAUUAAAUUAAAUGAAGAGGCUAAUCUUGACAUACAAGUUCUAUCAAAUAUUCGUCUUGCUCACUUUGAAGAUCUAACAGCUAUUCAACGUUAUAUACUACCUUGUAUUCGACAACGAGAUGAUUUAUUGGUUUGUGUUCAAAUUGAAUCUAAUAAAUCAGCUCCUUUUAUUUUACCAAUUAUUUCAAAUUUACUCGAAUGUCAUGCCGAUGAAUUAUCUAAUAGAGAAUAUCCGCCGUCACCACUUUGUCUUAUUGUAUCACCUACAUGUGAACUUGCUUUAAAAACAGAACGUGAAGCAAGAAAAAUCACAGAUCGAACUGCUGUGGUACCAUGUUCUGUUGCUGAUGGUCACGAUAUGUUUACUGCAUCGGAUCGUCUUCAAGAAGGUUGUCAUAUUCUAUCUGCAACUAUCGGUCAUCUUAAAGACAUAGUGAAAAAAGGCCAAAUUUCACUAAAAAAAGUGAAAUAUCUCGUUAUAGAUGAAGCUGACCAAAUGUUAGAUGCAGAUUUGGAAUCUGAUAUACGCAAAUUAGAAAGUCUUGGUUUAUCAUCAAAAGAAGAACGUAUUACAUGGAUAUUUUCCGCAACAUUUUCUAAUGAAUUACAACAAUUAGCAAAAUAUUUCCUUCGUGAAGAUUAUAUUUUUUUCUAUGAUAGUACGAAUGCUGAUGUAGCACAUACAAUUGAAGAAGUACUACUUACAAAGAAACAAGAUCGUCUUUUUCAAUUACUUGAACAAAAUCUUAAAUCUGGAUGUUGUUUGAUAUUUGUUGAAACACAGCAAUCAGCUGAUGAUGUUGGUGCAUUACUUUCACAAAAAGAUUUCAUGAGUAUAAUAAUCCAUGACAAUCAAACACAUCAACAACGAAAUGAAGCUCUAGAACAAUUUACAAAUGGAAAAUGUCGAAUACUUAUUGCAACAUUUGUUGCUGCUCAUGAUUUAUAUUUUCCUUUUAUUGAUUUUGCUAUUAAUUAUGAUUUACCAGAUACAAGUGAUUUUUAUAAUCAGCGCCAUGCUGGUCAUUGGGGUAAAUCUAUAUCAUUUUUUGACCCGGAUCGAGAGUCUGAUAGAAAAAUUGCUCUUGAAGUUAUACUAAAAUUAUGCCAAGCUGGCCAAGCAAUACCAGAAUUUCUUAUAAAAUAUGUUGAUGUUGGUACUAUUGGAUUUUAUCAUGAUGACCAUAAUUCGACGAAUAGUAAUGUUCACGUAGAAAAUAAUGAUUUAGAUCGUCAGCAUCAAACAAGUGGUCCUAUUGGUAGUACAGCUUCCACUAAUGCAGCUACUGAAGAUUGA